ACUGCUUGGCGGCCAUCGUUCGAAGCGUGGCGGCGUGGCGCAGGGAAGGCAAGACUUGUCGAAGUCGCGUCUAAAGCUUUUUUGCUUCACCCCGGUCCCGGCGCAGCCUGCCACUGACUACGACAACUUGAGAUGAACGUGCUCCACCUGUCGCACGCCCUGGACAUCACCAGCGUGGCGGGGCACACGCUGAGCGCCGAAGAGGCGUACGUCGUGAAGAACGCAUUGUUGGUUUUGCAAGGGGAGAACCACUUCAAGGACAUUUAUUUUUUCGGAAAAAUCUUUGGCCUAGAGAAGGAUUAUUACGUGUCGUUUGGGUACAGGUCUGAUGCCAUCGGUGGACGAUCGUUCUUUUACAGCACCAACCAGUGCGAUUGGUUCGUUUUGAGUGAGCCGUCUCCAUGUGCCCUGAAGUUGACUCCGAGGGUGUCCCAGAGAUUCACCGGCGAUCCCAGCCAUGUGGUGGACUGGAGAGAUGCCGGUGAUACCUUUGGAGUACCUGGACGAGAGUGUCUUCUGAAGGAAGAAGACCGAUUGGCAGCUGUCGUUUACAGCCUUCAUGAUGACUGUGCUAUUGCACCCAAAGGUGCAUUCUUUCUAAAUAUUGAAGGACUGAUAGAGAUUAACCCAACAUUUCAGGGGCUCAGCCUUCAACAGGGAUCAGAUGGUACAUGGUGGAGACACACUCGACGAAAAGGGCAAUCUGCCACUAGAAGCUCAGGAGACUUUCUAGACAGUAGCACCAGUGAACUCAAUGAUAAAUGGAGUUUCCGAGUACGUUCACAGGGCAGUGUGUGCAUUGUACUAAAUUUAGAGUGGCUUGGUUUCACUGUAUACCAUCGCUUACGAACCCCAGAACAUGGCUUUGUGUAUUUUGGGGAUGGAGUAAAGUUUAAUAAAUCAGUAACUUCAGAGCUACCGCCUUCAGAACUACAAAAAUAACUUGUUAGUAGUAUACAAAUUUUAUUAAAAAUUUUAGGAAAUGGUAACAGAAUUAUGAAACUGUACACUAUGGCUUAAUAUGUAACUUAC